GUAGAAAACAAGAUGCCCAACAUCAGGCAGAUGAGGAAGAGGGAGAGGAAGACCAAAAAAUGGACCCAAGAGGCAAUGGACCAGGCCAAGCAGGAGGUGGAAGCAGGCAGGCUCUCUCUACGGCAGGCAGCCAUGAGGUUUGGGGUCCCUAAGUCCAGCCUGAGUGACCGAGUCAGCGGAAGAGUGGCCUCCGAUUUUUCCAUCUGUCGGAGGUCACUCCUCACCCAUGCAGACGAAGACUCCCUGGUGGAGUACUGUCUGUACUCUGCUCUGCAUGGGUUUCCGCUGACAAAGCCUCAGGUCCUGGCCCACGCCUGGCCAUCUACAACCUCCGCCACCAGGAUGCGCAGAGGACCGCGCUUGAGGGGGCCCAUAGAAGACUAUUUCCGGCUCCUCACCACCACCCUGGAGGAGCAUGUGCUGAGGGAGAAACCCCGUCAGAUUUAUAACUGUGACGAGACGGGGUUUCAGCUGGAAACCAACAGACGGCAAGUCAUCGUGCCCCGGGGGACCAAGCAUGCAUACAGGCAGGCCCAGGGAACAAGGGAGCACAUCACUGUCCUGGCCUGCCUGAACGCGGCUGGGGAGGAUAUCCCCCCAUUUAUCAUCUACAAGGGGGGAUAUCCAGGGGGCCCCUACAAUAAAGUAGGAGUUCCCAAUGCCCUCUACGGGAAGUCGCAGGCAGGGUACAUAGACAGUGAGCUGUUCAGGAAGUGGUUUGUCGGGCACUUCCUGAAGUUUGCCACCCAGGAGCGCCCGCUGCUGCUGUUAAUGGACGGCCACAUGUCCCACCUGGAUCCAGAGCUUGUCCGGACGGCAGAUUUCUCUGGUGUUACAGGAGAUCUGUCGGCAGUGAACCACUCCUUCAUGGUUUCCAAGAAGGAGUUUUCAAGGGUCUUAAGGGACUCAUACCAGAGGGUGAAGGAUCGGGGGCUUGUGGUGGCUGGGUUUAGGAAGAGUGGCCUUUACCCUCUGGACCCGAUGGCCAUUGACUGGUCACGGGUCAUGCCGUCCGGGCGUGGGACCUCCUCACCACUUCCACCAACCCCAUCGGCAUCUUCCUGGGCUGGGCCUGAUGUUACCCACCCCAUAACACCCUCACCCCCACCACAGAGUCCACCUACCCACCCCAUAACACCCCCACCCCCACCACAGAGUCCACCUACCCACCCCAUAACACCCCCACCCCCACCACAGAGUCCACCUACCCACCCCAUAAUACCCCCACCCCAAAGUCAACCAGCCCCUAUCCUUCAUCCCCAGAAUCCACCAGCCAAUCCCUACCUCACCCAUCCCCUGGUAACAUCAGGCCGGAUAACAGUAGAUCUGGCCCACCUCCUGGCCGAAAUAAACUACAACAAAAGCACUGGCAAGGUCAGGAGGAAUAUCACCAAGGCCAGGAUACUGACAGCCCAGGAGAUGUCCGACACCAUCGAGGAGGUGGAGGACCGUGCUGCAAGGCAGGAGGCCCAAGCUCUGGCCAGAAGAGACCGAGAGCAGCAGCGGGCCAGAGACACCAGCCCGGCAGCCACUUCCUCUACCCUGCCUAGCGGCUCCCGCCCCAGCCGCAGAAGAACUUGGCCCCUCGGGGCUGCACCAGCAACCAGCUCCGGCAUUUCCAUCGCCGGUCCCUCAGCACCCUCUGCCCCCUCUUGUGCCUCCCACGGUUCCCAGCUGCCUGCCACCAGCGGCAGACCAUCCCGGACGAGCCUGCCUGCAGAGGGACACCACCACCCUCCAUCUCCUGAGCCUUCCACAUCGGGUGCAGGAUUGGGCCGCCGAGGGUCCACUUCUUCCUCUCCCUCCCACUCAAAAAGAACCAGCUCCUCCUCCUCCCUGUCUGUUGGGCCCACGACAUCCACCGGUCACACCGCUGCAAAGAGGAGACUGGAGCCGACAGUCUGGCGGUGUGGCCGGUGCAGGGAACCCGAACCUCCAGAGGCUCCAGAGGGAUUGGUGUCGUGGGUCCAGUGUGACAACUGCCACAAGUGGUUUCACACCACUUGUGUCAGCUGGGAGGAGGAUGAGCUGAACAAUAAUGAAUUUUGGUGUUUUUGGUGCUCAGAUGUUUAAUUUAUUUGUAUUUAUUUAUUUA